GGACAGCAGCUUCCUGGAACCAGGAAACCAAACAGACAGAACCUCACACAGAUCAGAACCGGGUCAGACUGUCCUCUGAGUGAGCUGCAGCUGAAGAUCACCUGCUGUGGACAUGAGGACAGAGAUAAGUCCCUCCACCAGGAGGAUCGUGUCACGGUACCGCCCACACUGUUGGAUUGACAGGUGAUGUACAGAGAGCUCAGUGAGCUGCCAAGCUGCUGCCAACCGGUGCUGUUCAGAGGGGGGAAAACAGGCAGCGUUUAAUCCUUAUCUGACCGGAGGCGUGUGAGACUCUGGGCCGGUUCUGAUGCUGCAGGAGGAGCACAGUCAGCACCGCACAGUUCACAGCAGGAUUCAAGGAGCAGCAGGAUCAUGGCUGGUUUACAGAGAGCCGCUCAGCAUCCUCGCCUCUGUUUUAUAAUCUGUGUCUCUACACUUCUGCUCCUCGUCCUCUUCAGCCAAGCGUUUAGAGACAGACGGCAGGACGAGAGACACAAACGAGACAUCCUGGAGUCCACAGAGAUCCCAGCAGAGCACAUCGACCCAGCUGCCAUCGACCUCACCCCCCUCGUCAAUACUUUAAUAAAUUCAAGCCAAUCGGGCUCCCGUCAGCUGUUCUCCCUCCUCAGCGUGACGUCCUACAGCUCUCUGGCUCUCCACAAACUCACCCUGCUGGUCUACAACAUUUCCAGCAUCAGAAGUAUAGAAAGCAACAAGUUCAGGAGGAGAUUCUGCUACUGCGUCACAAACGAGACCAACGAUCUGACAGACUUCACGGCGAUCCUGUUGGACGUGAUGGGAAACUCGACAAGUUACCUUCACGAGCUCUUUAAAUCCGCCUCCAUAUUAUCAGUGAGCCAGAGGAACAACUCGGACUGUAUUUACAUCUGCGUGAUGGCGGGGAAGAUGGGCAGAGAGGUGUCGGAGCUGUGGCAGGUCGACUCCAUCACGCCGCUCUUCAACCAGACCAUCGUCGAAGGACCACACAGAGUAGGCAACAUCUCCUCCAUCAGACUGCCUGUCGAAUGGCACCAAGUUCCCACGAAUCUGAGUCACAUGUCUCCAUCUGGGAUGAGCUCCAUGUUAACCAGCAGAGUCCAUUCUACCGCACAUGUUUCACCAACAGCGAUGGAGGAAACAGCUGCUGCAGCAGCAAAGAUCAUCACCGCACAACCACUGGCCACGGCACGACAACCAACAACAUCCAUGAUACAAAGUCAAACUACAGCCAGCAGACAGGAGACAACAAUCGGGACGACACAACCAGUGACCACACAAAGACCAACAACAACAAGACCAACAACACAACAGAUGACAACGCAAAGACCAACAACUCAACUGGUGACAACACAAAGACCAACAACGCCAAGACCAACAACAACAGGACCAACAACGCCACUAGUGAUAACACAAAGGCAAACAACACAACUGCUGACGACGCAAAAACUAACAACACAAAGACCAACAACGCAAAGACCAACAACACAACACAUGACAACACAAAGACCAACAACACAACACAUGACAACGCAAAGACCAACAACACAACACAUGACACAACACAUGACAACGCAAAGACCAACAACACAACACAUGACAACGCAAAGACCAACAACACAACACAUGACAACGCAAAGACCAACAACACAAACAGUGACAACGGCUACAGAAAAAACAACAAAAUUGUCACAGCCGCUAACAUCAACACAACCAAGCACCACUCUGCAACUCACCACUUCAUCGGUUACAACAGCUGCAGCUCCGUUAAACACAAGUCCAGCCCAACGGACCGCAGUGUCGACCAGACUCACAACAGCCUCAGCAGUCCCCAGUCUGACCUGGCUAACCACAGACACACACCAGCCCAGUACAACAACCCAGCACACAAGUCUGUCACCUGUCCGUCCCACAGCAGGACCCACGCUGACCAGAAGGACUACACCGCCUCUCGACAGGAAAACUACAACUCUGAGCAAGCCAACGGAAAAAGCAGGUUGUCCUUGGAGAAGGCCGGAGCUGACGGACGUCUCCGUCUCGAGCAGCACGACGACCGUCAGCGCUCACAAGCUGCAGCCGUGCGUCCUCGAGCUCUGCAAGUUCUUCUCUCAGUGCCUCUGCAGACCCUUCAGCCAUAAGACGCGCAUGAAAAGAUACUGUGACGACAGCCACGUCUGGUACCAAAAACACACGUUCGAGGUGUGUCGGCGCGUCAGGAGAGUCUCCUUCUCCAGAAAUCUGAAACAGAGAUGCCUGACAAAGAUGUGCAAUAAACUGUGACCAGAGUGGAAGCAGGAGGGGAACAAAGAGCUGUUCAUCAUCACAGGAAGUGACUGGAACCACAAACUACAGCCGAGUGCUCUGCAGGAACAGAAUCUGCUGGCGUCCGGGUCGGGACAGGCUUGGAAACUGAAAAUCACGGGACACUGCUGCAGUUUCAUGUCUCUGAUAUACUUUCAGUUUCUGUCACUAUAAAGUAGAAAUCAUCUGUGGUUUGAAGUAGUUACGUAGGGCCAAGAACACUCAAGUCAAAACCAGAAGUUGGGAGGAAAUCUGGAAUGUUUAAACUCGAGCUUCGUAUAAAUGUUUACUCGUACUGAUGAUGUUCGACUAUUUAUGACAAUGAUAUUUAACACUAAACGUUUAAGAUCAACAGAAGAUGUCAAAGAAAACUGUAGAAAUCAUCCUCUGCUCCUGUCAAGAAUCCGAUAUUAUCCAUUCAAUAAAGAAACCUGGUAGAUUCUGUCA